AUGAAGGAGUGCGAAGUGCAGAAUUUCAUAGAUGGCUUGUCCCAGACAUUUAUGAAGCACAAAAUGAUGCGUAACUGCCAAAUGGUCGAGAUCCUGAACAAAGUGCGCUCCUGCGAUUGCAAGCACAAACGAAGGCUAAACAACUGGCGAAUGGUCAAGUCCGUCUGCAGGCAAUCCGCAUCCCGGGGCUGGAUACGCUUUCUUAUCGCCGCCUGCUUUGCAUUGCUCCUGCUCAUGUCCAUCUACAUGGUCCAUGUGGCUAGAAGGUACAACCAUGUGCGUGCCUACGGCAGCAGCGCCUGCGGCUCCACUUUGUUCUACAGCUACACGGACUGCGAUGUGUUUUACUAG